CGUCAACAAUGUCGGAUGUGAUAAUGUAAAGGAUCUCUCUUCAGUCAUUAUUACAUUCGUUUUGAGAGCGGUUGUUCAUUAUGGAAGACAAAGCUUUGGCAUAUUUUGCCUCUAUUAACCCACUCUCCAAGAAAAUCGUUCACGAGACUCAGAUAGCAAAGAAUAUUUUGAACGAAGAGUGGAAUGAAUUGGAGUGGAAGAAACAGGAAGAGGCACUUGACGAUUUUUUCGUUGACCGAAGUGUUCGAGAGAAAUACGUUAGUGGCGCAAAAGACAGUCAUUAUGGCAUAUCAUUUCCAAAAUUAUACAUUCAAUCAGGGGAGAAAAUAAUCGUCGACAUGGACAGUGAUAUAUGGUCCUGGCAAGAUGUGCACUCGGCUCCAUUUUCAUGGCGGUCCAAGAGCCAGCAAGACCUUAAUCUCUUAGACUUGGAACCAGAAAAGCUUUCCAAACCCCAGCCUUCUAAAGGAGCUGCCAAGUCCAAAUCGGGACAAGAGAAUGAGGAACGACCAACAGCACCACCAGAAUUUGUCUACAACCCUAAUCCCAGUAUCUGGGAAACUGACAAGUACAAAAAUUGGAAAUCUGAUCCAAACAAUUUUAUACUGCCGGAAACCAAAGAAAGCGAUCACAGUAGCCAUGGUAACGUAAGGAAUAGUUGUGUUUCAGAUGUUUCACAACCAUCUCUCACUGAUAACAAACCUGCCGGAGAAAAUGAGGGGGAAACAUCACAAACAGCUCCUCAACCCUCUAAAAGGUCUCCAAAAAAGGCAUCGACAAAGUCACCUGUUGCUUCCAGAUUGAAAUUGUCUUCCUCAUUUUCAAAACGUCGACAGGAAGAGGAACAGGAACUUGUUACGAAUGAACAGACCAGAAAGGAAUUUCCUAAGGCCCACAAAGACAUAGAAAGUAAUGUCUUUGAUAAUCCCGUAAUGAACAUCAGAGAACAAAAUCUCGUUGAUGAGGAGACCGAAAGCAUUAGUAGUACAACCUCAUCACCAUCUAGGAAACCGUUGUUAAGGGAGCCAAGAGUACAGAUGAUGGAGCGAGAGGAGCAGACGGAUAUGUUUGAUGGAGCCAAAAGGACUUUGGAUCUAAAUGAUGAUCAGGCAGGGCUGCUGGAGGUCACUGAAUCACAUGGAUCUGUCCUAUCUGGGUCAGAUAUGGUUGUCUUACGAGAAUCUGAGGUAUCUGGAGAGAGACCAGAUUCAUCUGUUCCAAUGUCUGGAUUCACAUUCCUUGACAACUGGUAGCCUUGACAUGUAACAGGACGUCUCUCACUACUGGGACCAGUGUAUGACUUGUAAACACACAAACGCUUCACAGAUCUGGAUUAUAAUUGUGCUGCUGUCUUACCAGCCUUGUGGUACCAUUACACACAUUGUACGAUUUAAUUUUUUGAUAAAAAAAAAACAAACAUGUACUUACUUGCAUUUUAUUAUACAAAGAAAUAUGAUUGCAGGUACUUUUUGGUAUAACUUAUUUUUGCCUUAUCUUGUAAAUCUUACAUUAGCUGAAACAGAAUUGCUCAAUUUUCAGCACUGUUAUGCUAUUUUCUGUGCAUUAGUAAUAUAUGGUUGUUAUAGAUACAGAUGAUACUAAACACCUGUGUUUAAAUGGUGAUUAUAAUCAUGUAAAUGUUGUAUGCUCAAACUUGUCACUAGCAUAUUUACAAAAAAAAUAUGUUUCAUAGAAUUGAUAUUAGUAAAUACAGUACAGAGGAAACAAUGGUGGCCUGGCUAUAUGUAUAGUGCUAUUGCACAUAAAUGUUAUCAUGUAUUUUUUACAUAUUUUAGAUAUUUAAACCAGAAUAUAACUUUUUUUAAACCUAAAGAUCUGACCAUAUAGCUCUUCCUAAAACUCAUUAGGAACUUCUAGAAUUGUUUAAUGUGUAAGGAUGUAUUUGAUUAACCCUGGAAGUAUCCAUCUUCUUUAUAAUCUGCUUAAAAUAAUUAUUAACUAUAAAAAUGUUCAGUGUGGUUUAUUGUAUUUUGGGGAUAUAUAUACUGUCAAUAUUACUGGGUGCUAUACUUGUAUGCCUAUUAUUUCACUUUUGUAAUGUUGGCAUGUCUUGUAUCAAUUUUAAUGGUCUGUGGGUCAUGCUGAUAGAAAGAUUCAAAUCAGACUGAAAUAAGAUUCAAAUCAGAGACUGAAGUGAGAUUCAAAUCAGGGACUGAAAUGAGAUUCAAAUCAGAGACUGAAAUAAGAUUCAAAUCAGAGACUGAAAUGAGAUUCAAAUCAGAGACUGAAAUGAGAUUCAAAUCAGAGACUGAAAUGAGAUUCAAAUCAGAGACUGAAAUGAGAUUCAAAUCAGAGACUGAAAUGAGAUUCAAAUCAGAGACUGAAGUGAACGAUUUCAUCACAAUUCAUCUAUUAAUUAACUAUAAACAGGAUUUCAGAACUUCCAACAAGUAGGAAAAUAUUCUGAGUUCCUUCUAGAAAUGUUAAUUUUGUUGCAUGUAUAAUGUUCAUCUGUUCACUAAUUCCUAUAUAUUGUGUAUUCAUAUAGAUAUACAUUUAUUAUUUUACGCAAUGUGCUAAUUUUUCAGCAAGUUGAAAUGUAUGUGAAUGUAUUCACUUGCAAGUUGCAUUGAACUUGUAUUUAUGUGUUUUUAUGUACCAAACAAAGGGCAGAAUUUAUGAUUGUUGAUUGUGAUAUGGGGUCAUUAUCAUUUAUAUAUAAUUCUUAAUAUAAUGACUUCACUUUAUCUUCUUACUCCAUUUUGGAUAUUUUGGAAAUAUUUUUGACUCUGAAGCUUUAAUAUUUUCUUUUUACUGUCAGAAUUAAAACUAUAAAUUAUGAGUAUAAGAUAUAACUAUCAUACUAUGUAGUAUAAUACAGGGAAAAUCAAUUAUUUACUGGGAGAAGGUUUAUAAUACUGUCACUGUACAUACAUGUUUAUUUAGGAAGAGCUCAAUUAAGAUAUUUUAUGUCAGCAGUGUAACAACAGAUCUAGACUGAACAUACUGCAUUUGAAUGAAAAAAAAAAUCCAAAAUUGAUGAAUACAACAAAUUUAAUCCUUUAAUAAGAUGUUGCUUUAACAUCUAAAAUGCACAGGGGCCCAAUAAUUUGUUACUGUCUGUGUGUAUGUAGAGCUAUCCUGGUGUAUAGCACAUUUUUAGAUGUUUUAGUGAGCUGGACAAAAUUCAAUAAAAGACGCAUCUUGAUGUGCCAAUCGUGCAUUUAAUCUAGCCCCAUAUGAAAAAGUCUGAAAAUGUGCUAUACACACUAGGAUAGGUUUUAAAAUAUGCAUAGACUGUAACAAAUUCUCAAGUCCCUGUGUCAACAUGUCAUCCUAUAUUAGUUUAAUUUACCUAGGCAUUUUACAUUAUGUAACACUUCUAUGGCAAUUCAAGGAACUGCAAUGGGAAUACUGUAAAGUCAUUUUGUAUACACUUUUAAUAGAACUAUAGCAGAACUAUUACUCUUGUAGUAUUCUAUGUUGUUUAAUAUAUUAACUACAUUUUGUGAAAUCAUUGUAAAGUUGUGAAUAUAAUUUUGUGUCAUGUGUAAGUGCAAUAAAUCUACGUACUAAUUAUUUCA